UGGCCUGAAGUGCUGACGUUUCUCUCACUGUCAGUGUUGCCGUGGCUGGAAGUAAUGUCCUCGCUCCUUGCACUCCGCUCUUUUUCGCAAUGCACUACCAGUGUCAAAUUUGUGGAUGGACUUGAACGCAGAGUGGUGUGGAUGUCGAGCUGGCUCCAGUGGGGUCGGCGGCUGCACGUGGACCGUCCUCCGUGUCGACCGUCUCUGAGCAGCAGCUACGUGCACGGCACGUCAGCCGUCUCGCUGCUCUCCCUGACGAUGGGACAGUGCCUGGAGGCCGCCGCCCGACGCUGGCCGCAGCGUGAAGCCGUAGUCUUCCUGCAGGACGGCAUCAGGAAAACCUUUGAGCACUUCCAGCAGGACGUGGACCAGGUGGCUGCGGGGCUCCUGGCUCUGGGCCUGCAUCCAGGCGACCGUCUGGGCCUUUGGGGACCAAACACAUACGAAUGGAUCCUCUUCCAGUAUGCUUCGGCCAAGGCGGGAAUCAUUCAGGUGUCCUUAAACCCGGCCUAUCAGCUCAAGGAAGUGGAGUUCACGCUCAGAAAGGUGCAGUGCAAAGCGCUGGUUUGUCCCAGCAGCUUUAAGAUGCAAAAGUUCUGCGACGUGCUGCGGCAGAUCUGCCCGGAGCUCAGCACGUCACCGCCAGGAGCCAUGCGCAGCGCCAGGUUGCCGGACCUGCGUGUGGUGAUCGUGACGGACAGGCGCGAGGCAGGCGCACUGCACCCGGAUGACGUUUUCCAAGCGGCUGAGAGUUGUCACCAGCGCCGGCUAAGCGAGCUUCACGGCAAGUUGUCGUGCGACGAUGCCAUCAAUAUUCAGUUCACCUCUGGCACCACCGGCGACCCCAAGGGAGUCACCCUGUCCCAUCACAACGUGGUCAACAACGGCUACUUUGUGGGGCUCCGAGCCGGCUAUGACUGGAGGCCUCAGGUGCGGGUAUGCAUGCAGGUGCCCAUGUACCACUGCUUUGGUUCGGUGUUGGGAGGUGUGUGCAUGGCUGUGCACGGCAUCACGCUAGUCUUUCCCGCCGCCACCCAUGACAGCCGAGCCCACCUGGAGGCCAUUCACAAGGAAAAGUGCAAUUUCGUCUAUGGCACUCCCACCAUGUUCACAGACCUGCUGGGGCAGCCUGAUCUGGAAAAGUACGAUUUGUCCUCAAUGGAAGGCGGCAUCAUGGCGGCAUCGCCGUGCGCCCCGGAGCUCGUGGCCAACGUCAGGGCCAAGCUGAACAUGAAAGAAAUCAUGAUUGGCUACGGCACCACCGAGAACAGCCCCGUCACCUUCUUGGGCUUCCCGUUUGACGACGACCGCCUCAAGCUCCACACAGUCGGCUGCGUCAUGCACCACGUCGAGGCCAAAGUGGUGGACGUGGAGACGGGCGAGACGGUCCCGCUGGGGGCCACGGGGGAGCUGCUGAUCCGGGGCAGCUGCGUGAUGCACGGCUACUGGGAUGAGAGCGACGCAACCCGGCGGGUGCUCGGCCCGGACCGCUGGUACAGGACGGGCGACGUGGCCAGCCUGAACGCGCUGGGCUACUGCUCCAUUGAGGGCCGCAUCAAGGACUUGAUCAUCCGAGGUGGGGAGAACAUCUACCCCGCUGAGAUCGAGAAGUUCCUCUACACCAACGGCAAAGUGCACGAGGUGCAGGUGGUGGGAGUGAAAGACGAGCGUCUGGGUGAGCAGGUGUGCGCUUGCAUCAGGCUCAAGGAAGGUCAGACGUGUACGGCGGACGACAUACAAAUAUUCUGCAAAGGCCAGAUCGCCCACUUCAAAAUCCCCCGCUACGUGGUGUUUGUGGACAGCUACCCCAUGACCGCCUCCGGGAAGAUCAAGAAGAACAUCUUAAAGGCAGACAUGGAGAAGCAUCUGGGCCUGUAACUCGGAGCUUUUGGACCCGAAGAAGCCGCCGCUUGACGAGUGCACAAAAGAACUUUGGGUGAUCACGUCCAUCUUUAUUUAUGCAACCAAAGUGCAUUUCCACGUACAAAGCGGGAAAGCGUC